AUGCCGAAGGAGGCACGCACGGUUCCAAUGGGUGUCAUCACCGCGGAGCCGAUACACGCGACCUCAAAGAAGUUGAAGUUUGCCACGCGGGUUUCUACUUUGGGGAAACCGGCGGCCCGCAAGGCGUCGAAAAAGAGUGCGAUGGUGGGACUCAAGACGGGCGGCAGUCAGUGUGGCAUGGUGUUCAACAAGGGCUUCGGGCAGCACAUUCUGAAGAAUCCGCUUGUUAUUGCUGCCAUUGUCGAGAAGGCGGCGAUUAAGCCCACCGAUGUGGUGCUGGAGAUCGGCCCGGGCACGGGGAAUCUCACCGAGAAGUUGCUGCAGGUGUCUAAGAAGGUGAUCGCGUUCGAGGUGGAUUCGCGUAUGGUGGCAGAGCUCAACAAACGCUUUCAAAACACCCCUUUGGCGUCGAAGUUGCAGGUGAUUCGGGGAAACUGUCUCGACCACGAGUUUCCCUACUUUGACAAGUGCGUGGCAAAUGUGCCGUAUGCCAUUUCCUCCGCCCUUGUCUUCAAGCUGCUGAGGAAACCGACGUUUAAGUGUGCCGUGCUGAUGUUUCAGCGGGAGUUUGCCCUUCGUGUGUGUGCACAGCCUGGCGCUGAGGCGUACUGCCGUCUCUCCGUCAACUCCCAGCUGCUGGCCCGCUGCAGCCACCUGAUGAAGAUCAGCAAGAACAGCUUUAACCCCCCGCCCAAGGUGGAGUCCAGCGUGAUUCGUCUCGACCCAAAACACCCCGCGCCGGACGUGGAUUUUGAAGAGUGGGAUGGACUCGUCAAGUUUAUUUUCAAUAGGAAGAACAAGAAGGUGUCGUCCAUCUUCCGCACCAAAAAUGCCGUUCAGACCCUUUACGAGAAGUACUGCAGUUACCAGAAGAUGGAGGGAAAAACAAGUGUCAAGAGUCUUGCCGAAUUCAAGGAGCAUUUAGAGACCGUGAUGCAGGAUCCUGUGUUCGAGAGCCGAGCGCGGCUUUUGGACCAGGAUAGCAUUACAAAACUCCUUUGCCACUUUACGGAAAAUGGCAUUCACUUUGUUUAG